ACGCGUUUGAUUCAUUGCACAAUGUCGACCACUUCAGUGCAUGGGUGGUGCCUCAAUUCUAUCCCCAAAAAAGCAUUUAAGAACUCUGACCUCACAUCACUGAGACCACAUAGCUCUAUAGUCAUUUGCAGAGCUCCACCCUCACCUGUUUCGCCUCCUCGCCUCAUAAGAAGCAGACCGGUAUUCGCCGCCCCCUCUCCCCUCCUAACACCACCAUCUCAGGAAGUUGGCAACACCAUGGGACCUUGUCUUUCUUCCACCAAGACUGCAGAAAUGGGGAAAGAUUCUUAUGAGGAGGUCAUCGCUGGCUUGCAAAAGCUGCUCAGCGAAUCUGCUAGCUUGAAACCAGAGGCAGUGCAAAAGAUAGAGCAGAUAACAAGUGAAUUGAAAGGAGCCGUGGCUGAGGCAGUAUCUCCUACCGUGGAGAAGAUCAAGACCGGGUUCGAGACCUUUAAGAAAAACAUUUACGAGAAGAAGCCCGAGGUGUUUGGGGAGCUGGCUGAGGGGCAGAGCCCGAAGUUUAUGGUGUUCGCAUGCUCCGAUUCUCGUGUGUGCCCAUCUCACAUCCUAGGGUUUCAACCUGGGGAGGCUUUCAUGGUGAGAAACAUCGCUAACAUGGUUCCCCCAUAUGACCAGGUCAAAUACGCAGGAAUGGGUGCAGCAAUUGAAUAUGCAGUCUUGCAUCUAAAGGUGGAAAACAUUAUCGUUGUUGGGCACAGCCGUUGUGGAGGAAUUAAGGGGCUCAUGUCCCUCAACGACGAUGGCUCCACCACCACGGACUUCAUAGAGGAUUGGGUAAAGAUAUGUCUUCCAGCUAAGAACAAGGUCAGAUCUCAAUACGGCAGUCUCCCAGCGGCCGAGCAAUGUUCCAAGUGUGAAGUGGAAGCGGUGAACGUUUCACUUGGGAACCUGAUCACUUACCCAUUCGUUAGAGAAGGGGUGGCCAAUGGAACACUUGCCCUUUAUGGGGGUUACUACAAUUUUGUGGACGGCUCUUUCCAGACAUGGGGAGUUAAUUACGGUUUUACCCCCAUCAACAAAAUAUGAGACUGCUCUUCUAAUUAUAAUAGGCCCCCCCCCCAAUAAAUGUAGAGAAGUCCCUUUCUCCAUCUUUUUCAUGACAUUAUGUUGUCUCCCUCUAAUAAUAUAUGUAAUAUCCCUCUAAUUCUAUAAAUGUCAAUGAGCACUCUUUUUUUUUCCCUUUAAUAAUAUAUUAAAUGUCAAAUGUGUUGAUA